CGAUGCCCUAUUUCAAAUUGAAAAUAACAUUCAGAUUAAAAUAUCAACGUUUCGACAAGAACUGUGUUAAAGUUGAAGUUUGUGGUUGGAAUAUUGUUGGAUAUUCGUUAAAUAUUGGUUAAAAAGUGGUUGAAUACCUACAGCGCCAUGACACAGCUCUAUGAUGAACUCAGGUGUACUCCGAUGCUCGGAUCCAUCUGUGACUGAGGGGGCUGACUGAGGAUUCACGUCGAGGACAUAUCGAUCUCUUCAUGAUGAAGACUGGUUCAGUUUGCAUGUAAAGCUGUAUUUUGGGAGAACUCGCUGAUGGUCGGUGACGAGUAAUACAAAUCAUGGUGUCAUUUACCAGACUACUUGUUCUGUUGUGUUCAGACCUCCGUCGUGCAUUUGGCUGUGAGUGGGGAAAGUAUGGGGACACGUGUGAACGAACCUGCCCCCAGGAAUGUGCAGUGAAUGAGUUCAGGCAGGUUCGUCACUGUCACCGGGAAACAGGGAGAUGCUCUGAAGGAUGUGUCGCUGGCUGGUAUGGCGAUCUGUGUGACCAACCGUGCAGCAAGACGUGUCUCUUGAGUGUCUGUAACCAGCAGAAUGGACAGUGUACCUUGGGAUGCUCCGAGAACACACUCGGGGAUUUCUGUGAGAUUGGCUCAGCAUCAGCAGACACUGAUCACAACGUCGACGUAGACAGCCGUCCCUGGUUCAUCUUGUUUGUCCUGGUUGUGGUUGUACUCUGCGGAUGCGGUGUCACACAAAUUCUGAUUCUUGUUUGCAGACUGAGGGAAUGGAGAAUUUGUCGGAAUUCUGAUACCGAGACUCGACAGACAAGAGACAUUCUUGAACAACCAGACGACUAUGGUGAAGUCAGGGAAACGUCUUGCAGCAUGACAACAGGUGGUACUUCUUGGGAGCAGAUAUCUCGCAGCUGAAUGAAAUUUGUAAUCGACAAGACUAUGUCCUCGACUAUGUGCCUUCCCCGACUGCAAGUUUGUAAGGGACUCCAUGAGCUUCUUCAAACAGCAUUGAUGUUGUGUCUACAAGAUUGGGCAACCUGCUGGUCAAAAAGCUCGCAGAGAUCUUGGUCCCAUGGAUGUUUAGUCUUCAAGAUUGGGCAAGCGACUGGACAGGAGCCGUUUUGCAUAUGGUGAAGAAGUUGCUAGUUACAGAUAGACGGUUUGAAUGUAUUUAAGUGUUACCGCUCAGCUCAGAAAAGUAGGAACGGUAAGUCAGCGGAAACAGGAAAGGGCUGAGAUCUGAUAACAAAGUUCUUGAUCAACACCAUCAGAGAGCAACACGUGUUGUGCCAAUGUUAUCAGCAUGCUACCUAGGCAGUGGUAAAGAAUAUUUAGCAGGAGGAUGUAUCACAGUAUUGAAACAUUCUGAAACUGACCUGCGGUUUCCCAGGAUACGGAGAAAACAGACACCAGCGAAAACGGACCGCAAAAAUCGAGAAAACGGCCACCGCCCUGGAGAGAACGGCUUCCGAACCGAGAGAAAACGGUAUAUGGGCUUAAAGAAAAAGGUAUCUGUGCUAAAAGAAAACGGUAUCUGUGCCAGGAGAAAACAGUAUCUGUGCCAGGAAAAAUGGUAUCUGUGCUUAGAGAAAACGGUAUCUGUGCUUAGAGAAAAAGGUAUCUGUGCCUAGAGAAAACGGUAUCUGUACCUAGAGAAAACGGUAUCUGUGCUUAGAGAAAACGGUAUCUGUGCUUAGAGAAAACGG